CGGGACUGGUGUUUGUUGCGGGAAAUAAACGCCGUGGUGCUGAACUGGGGGCUUCAGGCAUUAACGGUAGAAGGACCGGGCACAAACUACUACACUACCCCACCUCCAGGCAUGUGGUCACGGCAGUUUUCGACGGGUGUAAGAUAAGGAGGCAGAAGAAGUGGCGAGUUGAGAGUGAGGAAGGACGAGGUGGAAAUAUCCUCAGACAGCCAGCAGAGCAAAGCAGAGCCGCCCCGACAGCACGGAGUUGUCGCGAUGUUGUAACCAAACCAUGGACAGCAGAAUAAAGGAGAAUCCAGAAAGAACAUUUGAUCUGGUUGUACAGGUGGCAUGUCCAACAUCUGAAAAUGAAGAUCCAGCCGUGCUGUGGAGCUUCCCCCAGGACCACACAGACCAGGAGGUCCUUCAGACGAUACCAAAGUUCUGCUUCCCCUUUGACGUGGAAAGGGUUUCCCAGAGUCAAGUGGGGCAGAAUUUUACCUUUGUGCUGACGGACAUUGACGGCAAACAGAGGUUUGGUUUCUGUCGACUCACUCAAGGCUGCCGGGUCUGCAUAUGUCUGCUCAGUUAUUUACCAUGGUUUGAAAUCUACUACAAGUUGCUAAAUACUCUCGCAGACUACCUAACAAAACAACAGGAAAAUGACUUGAAUGACAUGCUGAAUUCUCUCUAUGAUCUGCCUGUGCCAAAGCCCUUCACGCCAGUCAACCUGAGUGUGAAUGAGCAGUUGUAUAUUGCCACUGGGCAAGUACUGAGAGAUCGGCAAAGCAAGGAGCCGCACUCCUACUUCAUUGCCCCGGAUAUCAAUGGACUGCCAACUAUCCCUGAAAGCAGGAACCUGACAGAGUACUUUGUGGCUGUGGACGUCAACAACAUGCUCCAGCUCUAUGCCAGUAUGCUGCAUGAACGGCGCAUCAUCAUUACCUCAAGCAAGCUUAGCACUUUAACUGCAUGUGUCCACGGUGCGGCCUCUCUGCUCUUUCCUAUGUACUGGCAGCACAUCUUCAUCCCUGUACUGCCCCCGCAUCUUCUGGACUACUGCUGUGCCCCCAUGCCAUACUUCGUGGGAGUUCAUCUUAGUCUGCUGGAGAGAGUACGCAGUCGAUCACUGGAGGAUGUGGUCAUUCUGAAUGUGGACACCAACACCCUGGAGAGCCCCUUUGAUGACCUGCACAACCUGCCCAGUGACGUGGUGUCCUCUCUAAAGAGCAAGCUGAAGAAGCAGUCAACAGCAACAGGAAGUGGUGUGGCGAGGGCCGUCCUGAGAGCGCAGGCCGCUCUUUUUGGAUCCUACCGAGAUGCCCUCCGAUAUAAACCCGGGGAGCCAAUCACGUUCUGUGAGGAGAGCUUUGUGAACCAUCGCUCGAGCACCAUGAGGAACUUCCUGUCCAUGGCUGUCAACCUGCAGCUCUUUAAACAGUUCAUCGACGGACGGCUGGCCAAAUUGAACGCAGGCCGCGGCUUCUCCGACGUGUUUGAAGAAGAGAUCACAGAGGGGGGCUUCUGUGGAAGUAAUUCAAGGUCUUACCAGCAAUGGAUGCACACUGUAAAGAGAGGAGGAGCACUCUUCAACACAGCUGUGACAAAGGUACGUUCUUCUGCAAAACUGCUUAAUAGGCAUUCACAUUAGUGAAGCUUAAUGCACUGUUGUCUCCAAUAUGUAUAAAUAAUUGGAUAUAAAACAUAUUAAUGUCUGUUUUAGAAUUGACAGUGGAUGGAAUGGGAGCAUUGUUCAUACCUACUCUAUGUUUUAUGAGCAGUACAAUGUGGUUAUGUGCCGUACAAUAGGUGGUCAGGGUGCCCUUUCAUGUUAUCGCCCUCUGUUACUGUGCGAGGCUCUCUUAUCCAGCCUUUUGUCU